AUGGCGUACCGCCAGAACCACGAUCCUUACUAUGGAAGCCAGUACAACAACCACAACGGUUACCCCGAUUAUCCCCAGCAGGCUCCCGCUGCCGUGGACUAUCCCCCUGUGCAACCCGCUGGCGGGUUCGCUCAACCUUAUCACCAGGAUUAUGAAGCUCAAUCCACCUGGGACGCGAAGUCGACAAAGUCCUAUGAAACUGGUUACGCCAGCUCGCAGGCGCAUCUCAAUCCCCAGUAUGAGAUGAGCCAGGUCUCGCUCGCCAAUGCGCCACCCCUCCCGACAAUGCCCUACGCCGGUGGGCAGGGCAACUACCCCCCUUACCAGAGGCCUGGGAUGAUGCGGGACCAAAGCAGCGCUGGCUGGUCCUCAGCCAGAGACAAGCUAAUGAAGCGCCGGUCUGUCAGACAGGUAGCGCUCCAACAGGGUAAUCUGGUACUGGAUGUGCCCGUGCCAUCCCAUAUCGUCCCCGCUGGGCAGGACAAGGUCGAGGAGAUGAGUACCAUGAGAUACACUGCUGCUACCUGCGACCCGGAUGAGUUCAUGCGCUCCAAGUACUCCCUCCGGCCCUAUCUGUACGGACGGAAGACGGAGCUCUUCAUCGUGAUGACCAUGUACAACGAGGAUGAAGUGCUGUUCACCAAGACCAUGAAUGCCGUCAUCAAGAACAUCGCCCAUCUCUGUAGCCGCAACAAAUCCAAGACAUGGGGUCCUGACGGCUGGAAGAAGGUCGUAGUCUGCGUCGUGUCGGAUGGCCGGAACAAAGUGAACAAGCGCACUCUUCAAGUCUUGACUCUCAUGGGGUGCUACCAAGAGGGUAUCGCCAAAGACGAAGUUGGAGGCAAGGACGUCACCGCCCAUAUCUUCGAGUACACCUCCAGCGUCGUAGUGAGCGAGACCGGAGAAGUCUCCCAAGGAGGAUGCCCUGUGCAGAUAAUUUUUUGCCUGAAGGAACAGAACAAGAAGAAAUUGAACAGUCACAGGUGGUUCUUUAAUGCCUUCGGACCACUGAUCCAGCCCAACGUGUGUGUCCUGCUUGACGUAGGUACCAAACCAACCGGCACUUCUAUCUACGAACUCUGGAAAUGCUUCGACAAACACGCUAACGUUGGUGGUGCUUGCGGAGAGAUUUGUGUCGACACUGGCAGAGGUUGCUCUCUGAUCUUAUCGAGCCCUUUGGCCGCUUCUCAGAACUUCGAGUACAAGAUGUCGAACAUCCUCGAUAAGCCACUUGAGAGUGUCUUCGGCUACAUCAGUGUGCUACCAGGAGCGUUCUCUGCCUACCGCUACAAGGCCCUCCAGAACGGGCCGGACGGCAAGGGUCCGCUUGCCAGUUACUUCAAGGGCGAGGCCAUGCAUGGUGGUGGCGCGGAUGGCGCGGGUUUGUUCGAACGGAACAUGUAUCUGGCUGAGGAUCGUAUCCUGUGCUUCGAAAUUGUCACCAAGAAGCGUGAAGGCUGGGUGUUAAAGUACGUGAAGUCUGCCAAAGCUGCGACCGACUGUCCCACCACCGUGGCGGAAUUCAUCUCGCAACGUCGUCGCUGGCUCAACGGCUCCCUCUUCGCAUCCAUCCAUGCCACCGUCUUCUGGUUCCGCAUCUGGACUUCCGGACAAAACUUCUUCCGGAAGUGUUGGCUGCAGCUCGAGUUCAUCUACAAUGCUGUCCAGCUAUUCUUCUCGUGGACGUCUUUGGCAAACUUCUACCUGGCUUUCUUCUUCUUGGUGUCAUCCGCUACGAAGAGCAAUAGUGAUGCAUUCAACUUCCUCAGUAAGGGAGCCGGUGCAGACGUAUUUGAGGUCUUCCUGAAGCUCUAUAUCGCUCUUAUUUUCGUCGUCUUGGUCUGCUCUCUCGGUAACCGGCCUCAGGGUUCCAAAUGGACUUAUUCUCUCUGCAUGGUCCUUUUCGGCAUAUGCAACUGUAUCACCCUCUGGUGCGCUGGAUACACUGUCUACAUGGCGGUACCCCAUACCCUUAGUGGGUGGGAGCAUUUCGGGCAGCUUGUCGAAAACAACAAGGCGUUCCGCGAGAUUGUCAUUUCCCUGGCUGCUACUUACGGGCUGUAUUUCAUUGCAUCCUUCAUGCAUUUCGAACCGUGGCACAUGUUCACUUCCUUCAUCCAAUAUAUGUUCUUGUUGCCGAGCUUGAUGUAUGCUAUGUGCAACUUGCAUGAUGUGACCUGGGGUACGAAAGGUGACAACGGUGCAGCCAAAGAUCUUGGGGGAGCAAAGAAAGUCAAGGACGACAAGGGUAAUGAUAUGAUGGAAGUGGAAUUACCGACCGCUCGGGAAGAUGUCGACCAGCUAUGGUCCGCCUCUCGAAAUGCUCUUAGGCAUAAACCUGUCGAAGAGAAAGAACACCGUGACGCCGCUACCAAGCAGUCCGAUCAUGAUCGUAACAGUCGGACAAACGUUGUCCUUGCUUGGGUCGGCACAAACAUGCUCAUGAUCCUCGUCUUCACUUCCGAAGCCUUCCUCAACUGGGUCAACGAGCAUGUCGAGACCACCGACGAUUCCUCGUUCAACCCAUACCUCACCUUCCUCUUCUUCGCAUUGGCGGGUCUAUCUGCUAUUCGUUUCUUCGGCUCCGCCAUGUACCUUCUUCUGCGACUUGUCGGUCACUAA